CACUUUUUCCCCAGCAGGCAUGAAGCUAGGCUUUAUCUCUCCAGCAUUCCCAUCCCCUCAGAGGCCCAUGUCACUACAGACCAGAGAAUGUGGGCCUAUAUCUGGGUUUUGUUUCCUCCGUGAGGCACCAGGUCCUGGGCAAGAGAACUUGGCAGACUCUCUCCAUGGCCGUCUUAUUCCUCCUCCUUCUGUUUCUACGUGGACCCCACCGGGCUGCUGCAGACAACAUCCAGACCAUCUAUGUAGCCUUGGGGGAGGCGAUGGAGCUGCCGUGCCCCUCACCACCCGCCCUGAGUGGAGAUGAGCUCCUGUCCUGGUUCCGCAGCCCUGCAGCAGGCUCCUCCACUGUCCUGGUGGCCCAAGUGCAAGUAGCCAGUCCAGGCCCAGACCCCGGGAAGCCCACAAGGGUAUCCAGGCUCAAACUGCUGGGGAACUAUUCGUUGUGGCUGGAAGGGUCCAAGGAGGGAGACGCCGGUCGAUACUGGUGUGCCGUGCUGGGUCAGCAACACAAGUACCAGAACUGGAGGGUAUAUGAUGUCUCCGUGCUCAGAGGAUCCCAGCUAUCUGCGAGGGCUGCGGAUGGAUCCCCCUGCUCUGUCCUUUUAUGUUCUGUGGCCCCUGCCAGACGCCUAGACUCUGUGACCUGGCUAGAGGGAAAGGGUCCUGUGAGGGGUCAUGUACAGUCAUUUUGGGGCAAUGGGGCUGCCCUGCUCUUGGUGUGUCCUGGGGACGGGCUCUCUGAGUCCGGGGAACACAGACCAAGAAUCAUCAGCUGCCUCAUGCCUCACAACAAAGGGGUCAGCUUUAGCCUGGCAGCCUCCACUGAGGUCUCCCCUGCCCUCUGUGCCCCUUCCACGGGCUGGGAUGUGUCCUGGAUCCUGAUGCUGUUGCUCACAGUGGGUCAGGGGUUCACCAUCCUGGCCCUCAGCGUCAUGCUCUGCAGACAGAGGGUCCAGGGGAUUCAGCGCAGAGAUGCCUCGAUUCCUCAGUUCAAACCUGAAAUCCAGGUCUAUGAGAACAUCCAUUUGGCCUGUCUCAGCCCACCUGCCCCCAAGAUCAGAUGAUCUCCAUGACAUCUGCUGGAAGCGUGACCUGCUGUUUCUCUGGCCAUCUGGCACCUGAAGGCUUCGCCUGAAAACCUUGGCAAGGGGGGAAGGGCUGAGAGUGCUACUUUACAGUCCAGUUGGUCUCCAGCAGUCAAGCUGUGUGUGUGUGUGUGUGUGUGUGUGUGUGUUGGGGGGGGGCGCUGAAGGAAAGCAGAGAUUAUUCUGUGAUGUCACCUGUGAGAAGGUGUGGUGUCCUGUUUCAUAGCAACCAGUGAAGGGGUGGCCCUGAGCCCCCAGUACCAUGGGAUU